AAGAACGGCCGGCCGGGCCGGCCUCCGCCUCUCAGUUCGCCGAGCGCGGCCGGUCACCUGAGGCUCAAAGGGCAGCCGCUUGGCGGCGGGGCUGGCGGUUUCGCCCGCAAAGCCAAGAGACCGGACUAGGACACCAGCUGCCGGGAGCCGUCUGAGUGCGGGGCCGGCCGGCGCCUGUCCGCGGCAGAGGAUGCGGGAGCGCAUCUGGGCGCCGCUGCCGCUGCUGCUGCCCUGUCUACUGCUGCCGCCGCCGCUGUGGGGUGGCCCCCCGGACGGCCCGCACCCGAGGCGGGAGCCCGAGCCCGGGCCUCUUCAGCCCUUCGACCUGCUCUACGCCAGCGGCGUGGCCGCUUACUACAGUGGGGACUACGAGCUGGCCGUGCGCGACCUGGAAGCGGCGCUGCGCAGCCACCGGCGCCUGCUGGAGAUCCGCGCGCGCUGCGCCCGCCACUGCACCGCGCGCCGCCCGCUCGCGCCCCCGGGCGCCGGCCCCGGGGCCGAGCUGCCCUUCUUCCGCUCGCUGCUCGAGCGGGCUCGCUGCUACCGCAGCUGCCAGAGCCAGCGCCUCGGGGGCCCCGCGUCUCGCCACCGUGCCAGCGAGGAUGUGCGCAGCGACUUCCAGCGCAGAGUGCCCUACAACUACCUGCAGCGGGCCUACCUCAAGCUUAACCAGCUGGAAAAGGCAGUGGAAGCAGCCCACACAUUUUUCAUGGCCAACCCGGAGCACAUGGAAAUGCAGCAGAACAUUGAGAAUUACAGAACGAUGGCGGGUGUUGAAGCCGUCCAGCUGGUGGAUCGAGAAGCAAGACCACACUUGGAAAGUUAUGGUGCAGCAGUUAAACAUUAUGAGACCGAUGACUUUGAACUAGCUAUCAAGUACUUUGAACAAGCUUUAAGAGAGUAUUUCAAUGAAGAUAUGGAGUGCAGAGCCCUGUGUGAGGGGCCUCAGAGAUUUGAGGAGUAUGAGUACUUAGGGUAUAAAGCUGGGCUCUACGAAGCCAUUGCAGAUCACUACAUGCAGGUGCUGGUCUGUCAGCAUGAAUGCGUGAGGGAACUUGCCACCCGCCCCGGCCGCCUCUCCCCUAUUGAGAACUUUCUUCCCCUGCAUUAUGACUACCUACAGUUUGCCUACUAUCGAGUUGGCGAAUAUGUGAAAGCUUUGGAGUGUGCCAAGGCCUAUCUUCUAAUCCAUCCAGAUGAUGAGGAUGUUCUAGACAAUGUGGAUUACUAUGAGAGUCUUUUGGACGACAGCAUUGACCCAGGAUCUAUCGAGGCCAGAGAGGAUUUGAUGAUGUUUGUGAAGCGUCAUAAACUGGAGUCAGAAUUAAUAAAAUCAGCGGCAGAGGGUCUGGGAUUUUCAUACACUGAGCCGAAUUAUUGGAUUCGAUAUGGAGGACGACAGGAUGAGAAUCGGGUCCCUUCAGGAGUGAACGUGGAGGGAGCAGAAGUUCAUGGAUUAUCAAUGGGGAAAAAGUCAUCACCCAAGUUAGACCGAGAUCUAAGAGAAGGUGGCCCUCUCCUCUAUGAAAACAUCACGUUCGUCUACAACUCGGAGCAGCUGAAUGGGACGCAGCGCGUUCUCCUGGACAACGUGUUGUCAGAAGAACAGUGUCGGGAGUUGCACAGCGUGGCCAGUGGGAUCAUGCUUGUUGGUGAUGGAUACAGAGGAAAAACUUCGCCUCAUACACCCAAUGAAAAGUUCGAAGGUGCAACUGUCCUGAAAGCACUCAAAUUUGGUUAUGAAGGCCGCGUCCCCCUCAAGAGCGCCCGUCUGUUCUAUGACAUCAGCGAGAAGGCUCGAAAGAUUGUAGAAUCCUAUUUCAUGCUGAACUCAACCCUGUAUUUUUCCUACACGCACAUGGUCUGCCGAACAGCCCUGUCUGGUCAACAAGAUAGAAGAAAUGAUCUCAGUCAUCCCAUCCACGCGGACAAUUGCCUGUUGGACCCGGAGGCCAAUGAGUGCUGGAAGCAGCCACCUGCUUACACAUUUAGGGACUACAGUGCCCUCCUGUACAUGAACGACGACUUUGAAGGGGGAGAAUUCAUAUUCACUGAGAUGGAUGCCAAGACUGUGACCGCUUCUAUAAAACCAAAGUGUGGACGUAUGAUCAGCUUCUCAUCUGGAGGAGAGAACCCGCAUGGGGUGAAAGCAGUCACCAAGGGCCAGAGGUGUGCUGUGGCUCUGUGGUUUACCUUGGACCCACUUUAUAGAGAAUUGGAGCGAAUACAGGCCGAUGAAGUGAUCGCCAUCCUGGAUCAAGAACAACAAGGGAAGCAUGAACUGAAUAUCAACCCCAAAGAUGAGCUAUAAAAAAUGAGAGAGUGUCCUAUCAGCUAUUUAUUUAAAUUGUUAAUCUUAUGAGAACCUUUUUUAUUUUUGUACAGAGCCGUGGUAUAAGUUAACAGGUUAAUAAGAGUCACCAGAUCUCC